CCCCCGCUGUCCCCUGCAGGCUCCUGGAUCUGCUUUCUAUGAGUGAGGCUGGAUGAUGUUCAAGAGGAAGCUUGGCUGAACGUUCUGGAGCCGCCAUGGCUGCGAAAGGCACCUCUGGAGCUUCCAAAGAUCCCCGCACGAAUCAACUCCAAACCCCGGGAAAUAAGGAUGAAGAGAGACAUCAGCUGGAUGCAGAAGAGGAACCAAACAAAGAAGGAAAGAUGGGCAAAGAAACGUGGGGAGAAAGGAUCAAGAAAUUGAAAACUUUCAUUUGGAAUCCAGAGACCCGGGAAUGCUUGGGCCGGACGGCUAGGAGCUGGAGUCUGAUACUCCUUUUUUACCUUGUCCUUUACAUGUUCCUGGCUGGCAUGUUCAUAUUCUGUAUGUAUGUAGUCUUGAUCACGCUGAGCCCUUACACACCAAGGUACAGAGACAGAGUGGCCCCGCCAGGAGUUACGAUUAGACCGUACAUAAAGCAGGCAUACAACAUCGCCUUCAAAAUCUCCCAACCUAGUUCAUGGCAGCCUUAUGUGGACAACAUGGAGCUGUUGUUAAAAGAGUAUGAUGACAAGGUUCAAGAAACCAAAAACAUCGUCUGCACCCCGGGCGCAUAUUUUGUACAAGACGGCGACGAAAGCGCAGCGAGGAAAGCUUGUCAGUUCAAGAGGUCCCAGUUGAUGAAGUGCUCUGGACUUCAGGAUCAGACCUUUGGAUAUUCCCAGGGGCAGCCUUGUGUAUUGCUAAAGAUGAAUCGUAUUAUCGGGUAUGAGCCUGGCCAUGGCACUCCAAUUACUGUGAGUUGUAAAGUCCAGAAAGGCGAACAAAGUCACCUCCAGUCACUAGACUUCUUCCCAAGCGCAGCCUUUGACCUCAUGUAUUUCCCUUAUUAUGGCAAACUCACACACGUGAAUUACACGCAGCCUUUGGUAGCAAUUCAUUUUACAGGAAUUACAAGAAACCAGACUGUGGACAUUCAAUGCCAACUGAACGGGAAAGGAAUUAUCAAUACCGUUAACAACGAUCGAUUUCUAGGGCGGAUCAUUUUCACACUAACCAUCAACAGCUAAGGCCAGACCCUCCCCCGCCCGUUUGUGGAUCACCCUUUUUAUGGCAAUCAGAUGUUUCCUCACCGUGGGAAAAUCCAAUUGGCUAUCGACCUAGCACCAGGAAACGCCAGACCUAUUUUGAGGGUUAGGGUUUUUGGUUUUCUUUGAAAAAAAAUAAAAUAAAAAUAAAAUAAAAGAUAGCUCCCAAGAUAGACUAUGGAACUAAAAGUAAAGCACUUGAAACAUUCAUCCUGGGAGUAAACCCAUCAGCCCAACAAUAUUUUUUUUUUUUAAAAAAAAACAUUUUAAACAAAACAGCAUUUUAGAUCUUUCUCCGGUGCGUCAAAAGAGCAUCAAAUUGAGAGUUUAGCCAUAAUACCACAAAUAAUUGGUUUUAUUAUUAUUUUUUUAAAUUUUUAUUGUCCUUUGGGGACAUAUCUUCACUGUCAAUACGGAAGUCAGCCAGCAGUUUUUCGUAUUUAAGGGGCCAGUAUGGAAUAGAUAUUGAAAGACAGCCAGGCAGGCUUUUUCUGACUGUUUUUGCAAUUUUUGAAAUGGAUAUUCAUAAAGCCACCUUCAAAAACCUCUUGAUUUAACCCCUGUAGAAGACCCAAGGAACAGUUAGUUGGCCUUAAGCGUAAUCUUUGCCCCCCCCCUCCAAAAAUCCUUGGCUAUUUUUAUCCUAUUGCUUUUCUGACUCAAUUUAGUGGCAGUGAUGUUCCCUACGCAGCAUAGGCCUUCUCAGUCAAGACAGGUGUUUCCUUCAAUAAGGAGGAAAAAUGUGGUUUUCACGUUCACCAGCCUGGGAUGCCUAAUCAGGUUGGCAAAGAUAGACAGAGGGAUGUCUAGGGAGGGAUCCUCCAUCUUGAGCUUCUCAAGAUGUUUGCCGGAAGCGUUCACCCUCCGCGCCUUUUUAUUCCCACGGGGAACGGAUCUCCACGGAAGGCCCACCACACAGUUGUGCCAUCAGAAUUGGGACUUUUCAUUAGUAGCGUACUUCGGCCUGAUCUCAUGUUCUUGGAACAGGGUGGUAGAUAUCCACGUGAAGAAAGGGAGAACCAGCACUGGAGUGUACGGACUGCUCUCUCUCUCUCUCUCGUUGGCCUCCAACGUUCCUGUUGCAGCAUUUCAGAUUGGGAGAGAAAUGACUGGGGAGGCGGUGAAGAGGUGGGGUCUCCGAUGCUUGUACCCUGAAAUAAAAGGACUGACUUACAGCAUA